CGCGGAGGCACAUACACGUCUACAUAAACAUAACAUAAUACAUACUCUGCUAGUUUAAUGUGUUUUGUGUUAACUAGUAUGUACGCGGAAGGUUAGGUGACACUACAUAUUCCCAGAAUGGCGGUCCAGAUAUGGGUGAUACUUGUUGCUAUAGCAACGGUGGUUGCCGACGAAGCCUCCGACCCUAAAGGACUUCUCGAAACAUCCUCUGAAUCUCCAGACGAAUUCACCGUUUUCGUAGGCCGUUGGACUGAGUGCUCUGUUCACGAUGUGGAAAAUACAAAAACUAUUGAAAGAUACAAUAUCCGGGUAGAACCUGAUUCUCUGGUGCAUUCACCUCGUCUCGGGUUACAAAGACGACAAGUGCAGUGUCGAAGGAAAGAUGGACAGUAUGUCGAGAAUAUGUACUGCGGUGCUGGUAUUUCAAAUAUAGGUGCAACCCGCGUGUGCGUGAUGCGUGAAAACUGUUCUCUAGGGGAAUGGUUGCCAUGGCGACCACGACCGGAUGGCUCGCUUGUGCGUACUAGGCGACUACGUAGAUUGCCACAAGGUGGUGGAAGAGAGUGUGACGUUGUUGAGGAGGUUAGGCCUGCAGCAAUGGAAGCAAGUGCUCAUUGGACUCCGGGCCCUUGGGGCACCUGUCAUGUAGCCGUCGAAUUAUCUGCGACACCUGCACCCCAAAAUGAUGAAGACGAUGACGCAGAUGAUGAUGACGCAAUCUAUGAUGAAGAUGAUGAGUCUAAUGAGGGUGAUAAAGAUACUGACGCGAAUUGUGGCGGUGGAGUACAGCGGCGAGAAGCGACCUGCGUCCGCGCAGAUGGACGAGCAUUACAUCCUGCUCAGUGCGCACACACAACUAUGCCUACUUUAGUUCAGCCGUGUGAGGUUCCAUGUCCACGUGACUGUGAAGUGGGAGAGUGGAGUGAAUGGGGCGCUUGUCAGCCGACUGAUGGCUGUCCCUUAUAUCCAGUUCAACAACUCACUACAACUGGUUACAGUGUGCGUCGUCGGCGUAUAAUUGCAGCUGAAUCUGGUGGUGGGGCCCCAUGCCCACCUUUAGAGGAAAAACGUACUUGUAGCACCCCCCGAUGCGCGUCCUGGAAGUCCCUGACCUGGGGUCCUUGUGUUCUCAACCAACAACAUAGUACAUGCGGUGCUGGCCGACGUAGUCGGGAAUUAAGAUGUGUCGGGCAUGAUGGAAAAGAGGCUCAGCGGGCUUGGUGCAGUGGUAGCGGGGCCCCAGCACGCACAGAACGUUGUCGUAUCGCGUGUCCUGGUGAUUGUGUAGUAACUUCUUGGGGCGCUUGGUCUUCCUGCUCCGCUCCCUGUUUAGCUCCAGGACACGCCAGACCUACUCGAACCAGACGGCGAUUUAUCGUCGCUCAUGCAUCACCAAGCGGCUGGGCAUGCCCCGCUCAAGAACUUUUAGUUCAAAAUGAAACAUGCAACACGCAUGCAUGUGGGACGUACUCCUGGCUAGCAACACCCUGGGGCCCAUGCGAGCGACGCAAUCAAGAAUCGCCUGCUAACAACUAUACCGACUUAUUGGAAACAGACGUCUAUAAUCAAAGCGAUGAUGAAGAACCAUGCAUUGAAGAAGGAGAGAUGGCUCGAGAUGUUAUGUGUGUCCAGAACAAUGCUGAUGUUGUCAGAGAGGCCCUUUGCGCUCCAUUAAAACGUCCCGCUUCUCGUCGAGCCUGCACUAUUCGUUGUAAGCGGGGCUGUCGCGUUGAAGCCUGGAUGCCUUGGUCACCUUGUCCUAAUACCUGUGACCCAGGCAAACAAGUACGAGUGCGUCGUGUCCAAGGAGGCCCCAACUGCGGGCCCUUGCAAGAAUCCCGAGACUGCCCUGUACCUCGGUCGUGUGGGGCCCGGAGUCCCAAUUGGGUCACCGGAGAAUGGACUACCUGUAAAUUACCACCAGCUCAAAGAUGUGGUAUCGGAUAUCGAGUUAGAAGUAUUUGGUGCGGGUCAGAGUCCCAUCGGGUAGAAGCCGGUGCGUGCGCAGGAGAAAGUGUUCCCCCAAGUGUCGCCCCUUGCCGAGUGAACUGUGACAUUGCAACCCCAAUCGAUUGUCAUGCCAUAUGCCAAGAACCACUCAAGUAUUUAGAUGCUACAGACCCAGACAUACCGACAUGCGUAUGCAAAAACAUCACCCUAGAACUUCUACCGGCAGAUUCUGAUUGCAUUCUACCUUCUGGAAUGGAAUGUGGUGAAGGAAGAUCAUUGCGAGCGGCUCGUUGUAUGGUCGGCGGUCGGGACGUCCCAAUGGAUGUGUGUAAAAAGUUCCAUCCUCUAACAGGCCCACGUCGUGUACGAGAAGCCUCAACAGACGGCUUCACAUACGACACAGAGUUUGCUUUACUAUUACGCGGUACGUGCACUGUGCGAUGCGCUCGCGACUGUACUGUGGGGCCCUGGGCUGCGUGGGGCCCUUGCGCGUCCGAGCCUGGCUCUAAAGCUGCGUUCCGAUUUCGUACAAGAGAGGUGAUAGAAGAGGGAUCGGCUGGCGGUCGCGAAUGCGGAGCGACUCUUCAACGGGCGACGUGUUCUGAAAUAACUCCUCGAUGGUCAACUGGGGAAUGGGAUGUUUGUACACCUGAUCAUACGCUUUGUGGACCUUCGUAUGUUAAGAGAGAUGUCAUGUGUGUCGAUGGCCAAGGUAACAAAGUAGAGGACUCUGUCUGUGAGACAUCUGGCGCCGGAGCCGCUCCUGACAGAGUGACACCUUGUCACAUGCCCUGCCCAGCUGACUGCGUCCUCAGCCCAUGGUCUGAGUGGAGUCCUUGUGAACUGACAAAAUGGGGCGGUCGCCGUGAUCGCACUCGUGUUGUACUUCGUCCGGCGAAAUCUGGAGGUAUGCGAUGUGGUCCGUUAGUUGCAGCUGAGCCUUGUGAACCCUUAGUGCAUUCUUGGCAUACUGCACCUUGGGAUGACUGCCAACCUUUAGGCGGUUCUCCAUGCGGAGAAGGAAUUAAGAGAAGAUCAGUGCGUUGUCUUCGCAGUGACGGGGUGUUUGUCAACGAUUCCUUCUGCCCUAACGUGACAGCCCGUGAAGCAAGUGAGUCAUGGUGUUAUGUGCCUUGCGGAGUGGACUGCGAAGUAGGCGAAUGGAGUCCUUGGGACACGUCUGCCUGCUCUUGUGGAGACGCUUCUUCUACCCGUCAUAUGCGGAGGACUAGGCAACAUUUAAGCUCAGCCGUAUGGCCGGGUCGUACUUGUCCGCCCACGGAACAGCGUGCCCCUUGUCCAAGGGAGCCCUGCUUAAGACUUGUAGCUCGGCCUAUGCUGGGAUGUCACGUGCAGACGUCGUCAGGCGAAGAAGCUGACAGCGCUUGCGGAUGGGGAGUGCGUGUCUCCCACGCCCGUUGUGAGCUCACGAGUAUCUCGGACGAGCUACUGUCAGACGCUUACCUUGACCCCUGGCGUUGUUCGACCGCACUACCGGGCAGAAUUGUAGCACCGCCUAUGUAUCAUCAGGAGGAUGAGCUGUGUGAAGUGGAAUGUGGAUGCAAAGAAGCGGAGUUAGGCCAGCCGGGUCCCUGGGGUUCAUGGGGACCUUGCCGUGGUGGAGCUCGAUCACGUACUAGACAACUGCUUGUUCCACCUCGGAAGGCUUGUAGGACGUCAUCUAGAUAUGUGACGAUUGAAUGGGCAAACUGCAGUGGUGAUGCAAACGAAAUCCCUGAUUUGCUUGCAAUUGAGCCACGCGAAAAUAUUCUGCGCCAUACUACGAUAAUUAAGGAACGGAACGUCUACCACGAUGGAUAUAUAGAGGGCAGCACAUCUAUGCUAUUAGUGGUGUGGACGGCUACUGUCAUUCUCACACUUUACGGAACAGUUAUGUCUUACCGCGGACUUGUUAGAUGUCUACAAAGCCGCGGAAUGAAGUCAAUCACCAAAGUGUAAGCUAGCGAAUAUAUUUACGGCAGAUGCUUUUGUGAAUUGCUCUCAAUUCUGAAAAAUUGCUGAUCUCACUAAUUUAAAUGUUGACAGUGAUAAUGAAAACUUCAUUUUGUUAAUUAUUGUUUAAGCUCUAAAAUUGUUUUGUUAAAGUCUAGUGUUCGUUAUUUUUUGCUAAUACCAAAAUUGUUCCAUGUUAAUAUGUAAUAAAAAAAUAUGGACCUAUAACGUUACCUUGGCGAACCAUCAUAUCGAAUAAUACAGUAGGAGAAGAUUUUAUCCUAUGCGUAAGUUUUCAAAAAUUUUAAAAUCUGCAAACAGUCUGUCCGCGAGAGUGCUUCCAUGUUUUUAAAAUGUUUAUGAAAACGCUUAGAACGAUUUUGCUUAACUAGCAAAUUCAGCCGCAUUCAUUCGGGCCUUUCGGAUUGACAAUAUAACUAGCUGUAGCUAGUUGUAGCUAAGAUUUGAUCAAAAUUAAUUGAAUUAUUGAACCAAAUCUUGAAUGUUUACUUGGAUGAAUAGUAAGUAAAGAAUAGACAACCCCAAUUUAAUUUAACCACAGAACUAGUUUUGAUUUCUGUUGCAUUUUAAUAACUAUCAAUAUGAGACUAAGGGCUAUGUAGUGAAUAGCGACCAAUAAGACGUGACACAUCAUCUCACAUAUCAGUGUUUUAAUACUCGUCAUAAAUCAUGUAGUAGAUUGAUAUCCCGAUGCUUACAGAGUUUCACGAGCUUUGUCGCACAAAUUGUACUUGAUAGUUUUAAGCCCUAUAAUAAUCGUAAUAUUUUGAGGUCGUACUCUGUAUAACUUUUUUGUAGAUUUUGCAUAAGAAUAUGUAUUGUGUAUGAGUAUUAUGACGUAAAUGUGUUUCUCAACUUCCUACAAUAUUAUUUCAGUUUUAUUUAUAUUUUACUAUAACUAUAAGAUUUUAUUUAUUACGGGUAUAACUUUCACCUACUUCUUGUUCCUUCUUGACAAUAUAGAUAAUUUGAAAUACACCUAUUUAUAUAACUAUUGAUUAGUUACAGUCACUGUUACUGCUUUUUCUAUCCUUUCACGUUUCAUCUAUAUUUCGCCCUUCACUUGUAACCAUAAAUUAACAUUAUAUUGAUGUGAAACAUGUUAGAUAAGGGAUCGUGUUAGACAAUACAAUAUUUGAUAUUUAAUAAAAAUUUGAUUGUGUUUUUGUAAA